CUUCACACUGGAGUGACCAUCGAUCACUGCCUCUCUUCAUAUUUUCUCAUUCAACAGCCACCACCUAAAAGAUGGUACUUAUUUCCAAACUUUCAUUAACACUGCUUCUAGCUCUGGCAAUAACAAUACCACCACUAUCCCAAUCAAAGGAGCUUAAAGAAACCUACAUGUCCUUCUACGUCAAUGACUAUUCCGCCGGUCCAAACUCAACAGUCGCCGCCAUCGCCGGCAUCCCCGGAAAGCAGUGGACGGUCACACAGUUUGGGACCAUCUACAUCACCGACGACCCUAUCAUGGACAACCCUGACCCCAACUCCGCCCCAAUAGGGCGGAGCCUAGGAACAUACGUGACCUCAGCAUUAGAUGGACUUAUUUUGCACGUGUCUAUAUCUGUGGUGUUCACGGCCAAGGAGUACAUGGGCAGUACCCUAGAACUUCAAGGGGCUUAUAAGCAUUUUGAGCGUAGAUCAGAGAUUUCGGUGGUUUCCGGGACCGGUCAAUUCCGGUUCGCCAGAGGGUACGCUACGUUUGAGACUUAUUCAUGGGACCCUAAUACAGCUCACGCCAUUUUUCUGUGGAAUUUUACUGUGUUACAUUAUCAUAGUAGUAAUACUAAUAAUAUGUGUGGAGAUCAUUGGGUCUAGGUUUUAUGUGUUAUGAGUUUGGGCCAACUUAAUUGCGUCACACGAUGUGGAUUUCUGUUUGUUAACUGUUUUUUCCCUCUUUUUUAUUGGCGUUAGAUGGUGUGUGUACAUCGUUGUACUUUUGUAUUAUAUUUUGUUUCAAAUGGUCUUUUUCGAA